CGUAUUGAUCACAGAGGGCUUGCCAAACUUAGAGCAGGGGACUAUAGCACUCCACAAUGGGACGCAAACAAAAAACGGGGAAUCAAGAUGGACCCGAAGGAGGCGAAGGAAUGAAACAGAUGCAAAGCGCUUUUGCGAACUUGCAGAGAAUGAUGGCCAUGAGCAGUGGCGGCGCCCCCGAUAUGCCUGGUGGAAAUCAGGGCCCACCCAACCCAAUGAUGGGAAUGAUGGGCGGUAUGAUGCCACCCAUGAUGGGCAUGCCUGGUGGCAUGCCCGGUGGCAUGCCUGGUGCCAUGCCUGGCAUGCCGGGAAUGAAUCCAAUGCUGAUGAACGGCAUGGUGCGUCCACCAGGCCAGCGAUUCAUCCGAUUUCAAGAGGGUAGAGACUGGGCAUGCGCUCACGGUCAAAAGCCCCAAAGGGACGAAGGGAUGACCCAGACUUCUCCCCUGAAAGUUGAGUAUGUCGAGUAUCACCUGGUCAGCAUGGCAGGUGCACCUGUGGCACCUCCUCCGCCCCCACCGGGGGCACCAGAAGCUUCAAAAGGUUCAGGUGGAGAGCCGAAGAUCCUGCCUGGAUUGAAGCCAGGGGACUGGCUCUGCCCUGCAUGUGGUCAGAACUGCUUUGCCUCCAAAUUUCAAUGUCCUAGAUGCGGAAGGAACAAACGUGGAGAUGCGGAUGAUGUGUACGUCUCGGAGCAUGGCAGGAUCCAUCCUGACAUUCAGGAGCUGUGUGACGAGUAUUACAUUGAAACCCGCCACAUUGAGAAGCUUAAUGAGCUUAUGAAAGACAGGCACGAUACCUGGGUAGAAGACUUGAAGAAACUGAAAGAGAUCAUGGAGGAGGCUCGGUCACCCUGCGGGAUGCUGGUGGUGAAAAUGAAAGAGAUGGAAGAUGGCACAUUCGUGGCAAUCAACCGAGACAAGAGGAUGCAGCACUUGAAGGAGAAGUUCAAGCUCGAUAAAAUUGCUGAGACCCGCUUGUCAGAUAUUUUGGCCCGAUGUUCUGAUGAGAAGAAGGAUGAAUAUUACCACGACCUCGAAAGGCACUUCGAAUGCUCUGGCAAGCCUUCCGCCACGGCCAUGCUUCUCAUGAAGAAAUUAGCCAAUGGAGUCCUCCUGGCCGUCCUGGCCCUGGCAGUUGGUUGGACCGACAGAAAAAUGGUGACCGCGACGACCGUGGCGGCGGUGGUGGAGACCGACGUGGCGGCGACCGAGGUGGUGGUGGUGGUGGAGGAGGAGGCGACAGAGGCGAUAGAGGUGACCGAGACCGCCGUGGUGGCAGGAGUCGUGACCGACGAGACGGUGGCCGAGACGGCGGCAGAGACGGCGGCCGGGACGACCGACGAGACGAGCGACGAGACGACCGGCGGGACGACCGGCGGGACGAUCGAAGGGACGACCGGCGGGACCGACCGAACCGCAGCCGUUCCCGGCGCCGGGAUGAUCGACGCGAUGACCGUGAUCGUGGUGAGCGGCGUGAGGAACGACGUGAAGAGCCGCGAGCAGUUCGUGAACCUCCAAAAGAGGAAUUCCACGGUGCUGUGUUUGCUGUGUCACGUCAUUUCGGAGCCCUUUGUGCCAAAGCUGAAGGGGAUGCAACCACCAGCCUCGGGUGAAGGAUGCAAGGAGGCUGAAGGUCUUACAGGUGCUGCCGCUGCUGCGGCCUUGCAAGCCGGUGCGGAGCGAGUGCGCAAGGAGCUCCAGGCCAACCUUCAGGCACUCAUCCGAAAGCAGAUUGCAGAAGGUAGACCGAUGGAGGAGUGGACUGCUUGA